ACUAGAAUUGGCUGGAGUGGGGGGGGGGGAGCGGUGUGGAGGCUGGGGCGAGAGGGAAGGAGGACCCCGAUAGGGGACCAGGGUUCCCAAAGGGCCUCAUCCUCUUCCUUGAUUCACACACAAAGCCCGGAUGUAACAAAAAAACAAGAAACCCAGCCCCAAGCCUCUGACCUGUUUCCUCCCUGCUCUUGGGUCCGGGGUCCAGACCGGCAGUGCAGUAAGCAGAGAGCUGGCAGCAGAGAUCCUGGAUUCCCAACGUGACUGUACUACUAACUAGCUAAGUGACCUCAGAGAGAAGAUGCCGGCAGUCCACGUCGAAGACCUCUCGGAGAAGGACAAGCUAAAGAUGGAGGUGGCGCAGCUCCGGAAGGAGGCGAAGCUGCAGAGGCAGCAGGUUUCCAAGUGUUCCGAAGAAAUAAAGAAGUACAUCGAGGCGCGCUGUGGCGAAGACCCACUGGUGAAGGGCAUCCCGGAAGACAAGAAUCCGUAUAAGGAGAAAGCAGGCUGCACGCUCUCCUGAGCAGUUCCCCCGGGGUUCCAAGCAAGGCCAAGGCCAAGGCUCUACCCAGGCCUUGGACAUAUUCGCAAGUGUGUAUUUCCCCGCGGCUUUGCUGGGAAACGCUAAAGCUCUGACACUAUGAUCGGGUGUCUCCAGAGGUAGAUUCCGGAGGCCGUCCUCCACCCCCGCCCUUGGGCUGCAGGAAAGGAUUUAGAACCCUCCACGUGGCUCUGACAACGCCCCGCCUUCACCUUCACUGCUCUUUUCCCCCAAUAAAGCUCUGUCUCCCCUUUU